UUCACGCAAUGAUAACUGUGAAAUCACAAUAUAUUUGUAAACUGUUCAGAAUGUCAGCAUUUGCAUAUUUAAAGGGCUUUUAGUAGUUAUCCAACAAGUGGUAGCCAUUAUGUUAGCUUGUUGUCCUUUGCUGUAAUUAGUAAGUAGCUUUAACUUAACGUUACUGUUUUUGUCAAACAAAAUUAACACUACUGCACUGAAUCGUCCUACAAAACAUGAGAUGGGCGUAAUAUUUUUAUGAAGAGUCAGGACUUAAAUGGUGAACACGUGGGUAGUAGAACAGAGACUGCAGGAGACUCAGGUGGAGCCACAGGAUCUCAGGAGACACACAGAAUGUACUUACAGAAACUGGAUGAAAUUUCCAAGCUACAAAACCACUGCUCUUCCUCCAUUUCCCUCCAGCGAAAAAGACUGAAGGAGCUCUCCCACCAAGCAAAAAAGUACAGCAAAGGACCAUCAGAAGAACAUUCUAAAAACCUGGAGGAAAUGAAAGAGAAAAUUAUGAUGCGACCAAAUGCUUUCUUUGAAAUGGAAGCUUUUCUUCCCCAGAAAAAUGGGUUAUACCUCAGUCUGGUUCUUGGAAAUGUGAAUGUCACUCUUCUCAACAAGCAGUCAAAAUUUGCCUACAAAGAUGAAUAUGAGAAGUUCAAGCUGUGCCUCACAGUCAUCCUGAUGCUGUUCUCCUUCAUAUGCUACUUCUUUGUGAGCUACAGAUUUAUUGAUGCGAUCCUCAAUUUCCUACUGGUGUGGUACUAUUGUACAUUAACCAUCAGGGAAAGUAUCCUCAUCACCAAUGGCUCCAGAAUCAAAGGAUGGUGGGUUGUUCAUCACUACAUCUCAGCUUUUUUGUCUGGUGUAAUGCUGACAUGGCCAGAUGGGAACCUGUACAAGACAUUUAGGAACCAGUUCCUUGCCUACUCCUUUUAUCAAAGUUUUGUUCAGUGUCUGCAGUACUACUAUCAGAGUGGGUGUCUGUACAGACUGCGAACCCUGGGAGAAAGACACAACAUGGAUCUGACUGUGGAGGGAUUUCAGUCCUGGAUGUGGAAAGGGCUGACGUUUCUUUUGCCCUUCCUGUUUUUUGGUCAUUUCUGGCAGCUCUUCAGUGGCCUCUCUCUCUUCAGAAUGGCUCAGCUCCCAGAAUGUAAAGACUGGCAGGUGUUGAUGUGUAGUCUGAGCUUCAUUAUUCUGUUCAUGGGAAACUUCUUCACCACUCUUGCUGUGGUCCGUCAGAAGCUGAAGAGCAGGAAUCAGAAGCCAAAAAGUCUGUGAUUGUCUGCAAAACAGUGUCUCUCAUGCACUUCUUCAAAUAAAAUUUCAUUUCAUCUUUACUGCCAUCAUUAUCAAAACAAUUUGUAAGAAAACUGGCAAUUAUUACAUAAAAUGUGUGUUAUGGCCAAUUAAUCACCAUUAAACUAAAAUAUGCUAUUCAGUGCCACUGUAUGUUUAUGUUUGUAUAAUUAGGAAAGCUCACUCGUGGGAAAAGACAAACAAUGAAUAAAAACACCUUCAAAUAAAGUAUGUAAUUUUUC